AUGAGACGUAUAUUUGUAUUACUUUGUUUUAUAUCUCGCGCGAGCUUCGAAAUGCAAACAGUCCAACAUUUUUAUAUGACGCGUAACACAAGAUCAUCAAACACACGACCCACGAAAACUGGUUACGUUUACACUCAAGUUAAUAACGAACCGCCUAAGUUUUCAACGUUCUAUAACGGAGGAAUAGAAAAAUCAGUAAGGAAGACAGGAAACCGUUUCGACAGUCCAUUGAAAUGGGACGCAAAGAAACUUAAAGACAAAUGCACACAGUGUAGCGACAACAACUAUUACAAUAAAACUUUGAGUGAUACAAAGUUAAAAGAAGGUAAAUCGAAAAGAUCCGAUAAUCUCAACCAGGCUGCGAGUAAUUAUGAACCAAUUUACGACAUGAAUCAUAAUUAUCAUACCGACGAUGAAGAUGUCAGAACUGAUUCCAGGAACUACGACGGCUGGCCGUACCUCUACCACAGUCUUUACGAUUAUGAACCGAUGAAGUAUGACAUAGAAUAUGAAAAGGCAAAAGAUAAACGUUUCAUAGAUGUUGGUGAAAAAGUUAUACCAGUCCAUGAAAAUGUGGACGAUAUUCCUAACAGCCAUGUUUAUUCUGGACCCGAUUAUAAAGAUACGAACGUAUACACCACAGAUAAUCCAGUCUACGGAGACCAGCCGUUCUUCUCAUACGUUCUAAACGAUUAUUUCGACAAAACCAAUGACGAUGAUCCAUUAAAUUUUAAGGGAAUUUCAUGGGAGAAGGAAUUAGAUCAUGAAAAACCUUUUCAAGAUAUCUAUGAUUCUUCAAAACGUAAAAGGCGACUUGAUGACUAUUAUCCAGAAUACACGGAUACUGAUGAUACAAAUCACGAUACUUUGAAAGAAUCAAUCAAUAAAAAGGGCUAUAAGAGCAAUCAUGAAUCAGAAAAAAGCGAAAAUGGUAACAACAAUGAACAUAACUACAAAGGGGACUAUAAGCAAAAUGAACAAAAUUAUAAAGGCUUUAAAGAUUUUGCUGAUGCAUUUUUAAACAGGUUUGGAUCAGAAGACCAUAACAAAGUGGGAAAAUAUUCUAUCAAAGACAACGCCAAUAAAGGCGAGAAAAAGAAAGGAUUCCGUAAUGUUUAUCACAAAGACGAAUAUCAAGAACAUAAUGAAUUUUAUGACGAUAAAAACAGCAGUAUUAAUAAUGAAGAAAAAGGUGAUUCAAAGGUCCGUUUUGGUGGAUCAGAAGCCCUUCUUCGUUCGCAAGCGACAGCAGCUUUAGGAAAGAAUCAAAACGAAAUCAAUAAAGCAGAAAAUAUGGCAAGUCAUAAGUUUGACAAGAAAAUAGCUGACAAAAAACGGCAUAAAGGAUCAGAUACAGACUACAACCAGCAUCGAGAUUUAGUUAGCAAUGCAAUAUUAAAGAAUAAUGCAGACUAUUUCAAUGUUUGA